AUGUCUGAUACUAAAUCUGUUGAAUCUAGCGAGCGCAACUUGUCUCGCACGACUUCUGCUGGUGCCUCUUUGGCUUCCUUGAAGACUGAGGAGCACAAUGAGUUGUACGAUCACAGACAGCAGCAAGAUUAUGCGAGUCACAGUUUUGUGCCAACAGCAGCAGCAGCAGCUACUAAUCCUUUGCGUUCUGCUCGCAAUCCGCUGCCAUCGAUGUCUCCGAAGUUGUCUGGAGUUCAUGCAGCAGGUUUGUCUGGUAGUUCAGGUAUCAACUUUAAUGGGGAUUCUGACGACGAGUUGGGGAUUCCCGGCCACCAUCCGGACCCAACUCCGGGCCAUAACCCUAGAAUAAACGUGACGAGUGCCAGCAGGGCGCCUUCUGUUACCUCUGAUUUCCGGACUAGGACCCCUCCAGCUGCUCCACCGCACAGCGGGUUGCAUCGCAACAGGUCGCAUUUGGACCCUCAACAACAAGAACAGCAACAGCCACAAGCACCCCCUUCCAGACGCGGCUCCCAUUCGCUAGGUAUUCCCUUGAAGAAAAAGAAGUCCAGGUCUUCUUCGACCACUUCAGUCAAGGGUGCUCCAUUGGCAAGGACAUUGUCUGUGAAAUCGCAGAAUUCACAAAAGUCCAGAGAGUUGAGACGCCGUAACACCAGAAACGCCUCUAUAGACAGCGACGACUCGCAGAUUUCGCACUUGUCUCAGGAAACAGAGGAAGAUGUGUGUUUCCCAAUCCAAAAGAGAGAACAUACGCGUAUAAACGGCAUAGACUUCGAUGAGUUGGAAGAGUUUUCAACCCAGGAAAGAGUCAUGAACAAGAGCCACUUGUACUCUGAAACCAUCCCAUCGCCACUAGACAAUACUUACGGCGCCCAUUCGUUGAGAAAACCAAACUCCUCUACCGAAACAUCCACUUCUUCUUCUUCAGCCGCACUCAAAUACACUCCGAAAAUGGAAAUCCAUCAGCAUGGAAUCUCCUUCGGUAAUAAUAAGGUCGAACCAGACGAAUACGAUGAGGAGGAUAUGAAGAAAAUGAACUCCAACUAUACGGCAGCCGCCCCACCAACCCCUGAACCACCUUUCGAGGUUCCCAACAGAUUCGCGUUUUUCAGUUCCGAUGUCUCGGACACCAUUCACGCUCCUGAUCUUUCCUCGUUGAUACGGCCUAAUCAGUCUUUCAGGGAACUAUUCAAAGACGGUGCUUCAACCUGGUGGCUAGACUGUAGCUGCCCAACGGAUGAAGAAAUGAGGUGCUUGACAAAGGCGUUCGGCAUUCAUCCCUUGACCUCUGAAGAUAUUAAAAUGCAGGAAACUCGUGAAAAGGUCGAACUAUUCAAAAACUAUUACUUUGUUUGUUUCCACACUUUCGAAAAUGACAUAGAAUCUGAAAACUAUUUGGAACCCAUUAACGUGUACAUCGUGGUUUUCGCUAAUGGUAUUUUAACCUUCCACUUUAACCCAAUUUCUCACUGUGCAAAUGUGAGAAGACGUGUAAGACAACUCCGAGACUAUGUUGGAGUUAAUUCUGACUGGAUUUGUUACGCUCUAGUAGAUGACAUUACUGAUAGUUUCGCCCCAGUUAUCCAAUCAGUUGAGUACGAAGCGGACGCUAUAGAAGAUUCAGUGUUCAUGGCCAGAGACAUGGACUUUGCCAUGAUGCUACAAAGGAUCGGUGAAGGUAGAAGGAAGACUAUGACACUAAUGAGAUUAUUGAGUGGCAAAGCUGAUGUUAUCAAAAUGUUCGCUAAAAGAUGCCAAGACGAUAUAAAUGGCAUAGGUCUUCCACUUACUUCCCAGGUUAACAUAGCAAAUCUUCAGUAUAAGAAUUCACAAGAUGCACCACCACCUCCUGAGAGGAGGCAGCAACCUAGGGCUGAUAUUGCAAUGUAUCUAGGAGAUAUCCAGGAUCAUAUUGUCACCAUGUUCCAGAAUUUGUUAUCCUAUGAGAAGAUUUUCUCGAGAUCCCAUUCGAACUAUUUGGCCCAACUUCAAGUCGAAUCGUUCAACUCCAACAACAAAGUUACGGAAAUGUUGGGUAAAGUGACCAUAAUCGGUACCAUGCUAGUGCCACUAAACCUUAUCACAGGUCUUUUUGGUAUGAAUGUUCGUGUCCCAGGUCAGCCAGACGGUACUGGUACUUUCGGCUGGUUUUUCGGUAUUCUUGGUGUCAUUUUCGUUUUUGCCGUGGGCUCUCUCUUGUUCUCCUCGUACUGGUUAUCUAGAAUAAACCCACCAGCAACUCUAAACGAAGCAUCCGCAUCCGGUACUAAAUCUAUCCUAAACUUUAAACCAAGAACAAUGAAACAUCAACCCCAUGGUCCAAAUAAAUCUGAUAAAUCUGUUUUAAGUUUCUCUACUAAUAAGAUGGGUAGGUACGAGUAA